UCAAAACAUCAAUCGCUGCUCCAUCGGCAUUCCCUAAAACCCACACAAAUGGGUUCUCUCUGCAGAGCAUCAAAAACCCUAAAAUCACAAAAAUACCUCUCUCUACUACACUCAUAUUCCAAUUUCCCUCCAUUCUCUUCUACAUUCACAUUAAACGACAGCCGUCUUGGAGUAGCCCAUGACUUCUGCUCCAACUCGCGCCAAAACAGCAUCGAUUUGGCCCAGUACUCACCUGAGAGAAUCAGAAACUUCUCUAUUAUUGCUCACGUUGACCAUGGAAAGUCAACUCUUGCUGACCGGCUUUUGGAGCUCACGGGGACUAUUAAAAGAGGGCAUGGCCAGCCUCAAUACCUCGAUAAAUUGCAGGUGGAGAGAGAAAGGGGAAUAACAGUUAAAGCACAGACAGCUACUAUGUUCCACAAGUGCAACCAUAAUGGCUCAAACAUUAAGGAUGCAGACAAAGCACCGACAUAUCUACUAAAUUUAAUUGACACUCCUGGUCAUGUCGAUUUUAGUUAUGAAGUAUCCAGAUCCUUGGCUGCUUGCCAGGGUGCACUUUUGGUUGUUGAUGCUGUACAAGGUGUUCAGGCUCAAACCGUGGCUAAUUUCUAUCUUGCUUUUGAAUCUAACCUUGCUAUAAUACCUGUCAUUAACAAAAUUGACCAACCAACUGCUGAUCCUGAACGCGUCAAAGCUCAACUAAAAUCAAUGUUUGAUCUUGAACCCAGUGAUUGUCUUUUGACAUCUGCCAAAACAGGGCUGGGCCUCGAGCAAGUUCUUCCCAGUGUAAUAGAUCGGAUACCUCCUCCUUCUGGGAGUGCUAGUUCACCUUUGCGUAUGCUUUUGUUGGAUUCUUACUAUGAUGAAUACAAGGGAGUGAUUUGCCAUGUUGCCAUUGUGGAUGGUGUGCUGCGCAAAGGUGAUAAGAUUUCAUCUGCAGCAACUGGUCAUACAUAUGAAGUUGCAGAUGUAGGGAUCAUGCAUCCUGAACUAACUCCAACCGGAGUUCUUCUAACUGGACAAGUGGGGUAUAUUGUUAGUGGCAUGAGAUCAACCAAAGAAGCACGUGUUGGAGACACCCUACAUCAUAGUCGGUUCAGUGUAGAAUCUCUACCAGGUUUUAAGCCUGCAAAACAUAUGGUGUUUUCUGGUCUCUAUCCAGUAGAUGGAUCUGAUUUUGAUGCACUAAACCAUGCUAUAGAGAGACUGACAUGCAAUGAUGCCAGUGUCUCUGUUACAAAAGAGAGCAGUUCUGCACUUGGUCUGGGUUUUAGAUGUGGUUUCUUAGGUUUACUUCACAUGGAUGUUUUCCAUCAGCGUCUUGAACAAGAACAUGGAGCUCAUGUCAUUUCUACAGUUCCAACUGUUCCAUAUAUUUUUGAGUAUUCCGAUGGAAGCAAAGUACAAGUUCAGAAUCCAGCUAUGUUAACCUCUAACCCCAAUAAACGAGUUACAGCUAGCUGGGAGCCUACAGUCAUAGCUACAAUUAUUAUCCCUAGUGAGUAUGUGGGGCCUGUUAUUACCCUUUGCUCUGAACGGAGAGGGCAGCAGUUGGAGUAUUCAUUUGUGGACAGCCAACGAGCCUUUAUGAAGUAUCGACUACCCUUGAGGGAAAUCGUUGUUGAUUUUUACAAUGAGCUAAAGAGUAUCACAUCAGGAUAUGCAUCAUUUGACUAUGAGGAUUCAGAUUAUCAAGAAUCUGAUUUGGUGAAACUCGACAUUGUCUUAAAUGGACAAUCAGUCGAUGCUAUGGCAACUAUCGUUCAUAAACUGAAGGCACAACGCAUCGGUCGGGAACUGGUGGAGAAACUGAAGAAAUUUAUAGACAGGCAAAUGUUUGAGAUAACGAUCCAAGCUGCAAUUGGAGCAAAAGUUAUUGCAAGGGAGACGAUUUCGGCCAUGCGAAAGAAUGUCCUUGCAAAGUGUUAUGGUGGGGAUGUUACUCGAAAGAAAAAGCUAUUGGAAAAACAAAAGGAAGGAAAAAAGCGAAUGAAGCGCAUUGGUUCUGUAGACAUACCUCAGGAGGCUUUCCAUGAACUGUUGAGAGUGUCGUAGUGCAAAAUGUCAAAUAUGGGCCAUAGCACAAAUCACUGAUAAGAUCAAAUGGUUUUGGUUGACAUUUGGUGUUUGGGGAUCCUUUCAAUAACAAAGCUAUAUCUUGCUAGUCUUUCUAGAGAACCACGGUUUUGGUGCAGGCAGCCUUUUCAAUUCUAGCGGAACAAACUUAUUUGUAAAAUGAAUGAUGCAUUUUCAGCCAAAUUCGUGCAUAAUAAAAAUCUCAAAUGUCCGAUGAGUA